UUGCUUCUCUCUUUCAUCAAGAAGAUCGAGAAUUAUGAAAACAGGCACAGCGACAAGAAGAUUGCUCCCCUGCGUUUUUAUUCUUUCUGUAUGUCUCUUGCUCUACUCCAUCCUGUUUCUCCUGAAUUCCGGUAACGUAGCCCUGCCUGAACCCGUUAUAAAGUUAACGCCAGUAAAGGGCGCAGCAGUCUCUGCCACUGAAGUCCAACGUCUUCCAACCCCUUGGCUUACGCCAUAUGUUAAUGACGGUCAUGAUGUUUCGUCUUCCAGCGGAACAACUCAAGGUUGUGGUUCUUAUGCAUGUAGAACUAAUCAAGAAGCGAUAAAGGUCUUUAUGUAUGAUCUGCCACCUCAAUUCCAUUUCGGUUUGCUUGGUUGGGAACCAAGAGAAGAUGAAUCAUGGCCGGAUGUUCGACAAGAAGUUCCAUCAUAUCCUGGUGGACUCACACAUCAGCACAGCGUGGAAUAUUGGCUGACACUCGAUUUGUUAUCUUCAAACAGUUCGUGUGUUGAAGUUGGUCUCUGCAAUGCAGUUAGAGUACAUAAUUCAAAUGAUGCAGAUGUGAUCUUCGUACCAUUCUUUGCAUCUCUUAGUUAUAACUUGGAUUCAAAGUUGACGAAGAAGAAGGGAAGAGUUAGUAAAGACAGGAAGUUGCAAGACAAGUUGGUGGAAUUUUUGAUGGGUAGGGAAGAGUGGAAGAGGAGGGACGGGAGAGAUCAUCUGAUCGUUGCACAUCAUCCAAAUAGCUUGUUGAGAGCCAGGGAAAAGCUUGCCCCAGCCAUGUUUGUGGUCGCUGAUUUUGGGAGGACCCCUGUUCGUAUAGCAAAUCUUGAGAAGGAUAUUGUGGCACCAUACAGACAUGUUGUGACAACCAUUGCUUCUAAUGAUUCUCUCAAGUUCGAAAACAGAAGCACGCUUUUGUAUUUUCAGGGAGAAAUCUAUAGGAAAGAUGGUGGGAUCAUUCGUCAAGUACUUUAUUAUCUAUUCAAAAAACAGAAAGAUGUGCACUUUACUUCUGGAAGGUUUCACAAGAAUGGAGCUAAAGAAGCUAGUCAGGGAAUGGCUUCUUCAAAGUUUUGUUUGAAUCUUGUUGGUGAUACCCCUUCAUCAAAUCGUCUUUUUGACUCAAUUGCAAGUCUCUGUAUCCCUGUGAUCAUCAGCGACAGUAUUGAACUCCCAUUUGAGGACGUCCUUGACUACUCUGAGUUCUGUAUUUUUAUAAGUGAAUCAGAUGCUUUGAAACCAGAAUUUGUAAUGAAUCUGCUUAGAGGAAUUGGAUCAGAUGAAUGGAACAGGAUGUGGAGAAGGAUAAAGGAAGUGGCUCAUCACUUUGAGUAUCACUACCCAUCACAACCUGGAGAUUCUGUUCAGAUGAUAUGGGAGGCAGUCCGUAGGAAAUUGGAAAUGUCAUCUGCUCGCUUGAAAUAUCACAGAGCUAAAAGAUUUCAUAGGCAUCACUGAAUAAAG